AGAGAAGGUAGAAGCAGUCACAAACAUAAACAGGCGAUAAACAGGUGCGGUGAUGGCGGCGUGGCUGGCCCGGGUGUCUCCGGGCGACGCCUGGUACAACAUGUACUCGCGCCUGCUGCGGACCAAACCUGUGGGCUCCAUGGCUUCCGGCUCGGACGACCUCACCGAGCUCGGGGAGGGGUCGGUGGCCGGGCUCGCCAAGGUCCUGACCACCGUGGACCUGGUGUCGCUCGGGGUGGGCAGCUGUGUUGGCACGGGGAUGUAUGUGGUCGCUGGGCUGGUUGCCAAGGCGAUGGCUGGGCCGGGCGUCAUCCUGUCUUUUAUCAUCGCAGCGGUGGCGUCCAUACUGUCAGGUGUGUGCUACGCAGAGUUUGGUGUCCGCGUCCCGAAGACGACCGGCUCGGCCUACACCUACAGCUACGUGACAGUCGGGGAGUUUGUGGCGUUUUUCAUCGGCUGGAAUCUGAUCCUGGAGUAUCUGAUCGGCACAGCGGCGGGGGCGUCAGCUCUCAGCAGCAUGUUCGACUCUCUGGCCAAUCACAGCAUCAGUAACUACAUGAUAACACACCUGGGCACGCUCAGAGGACUCGGUAAAGGUGAGGACACGUACCCUGACCUGCUGGCCCUGUUCAUCGCCCUGCUGGUCACAGUGAUCGUUGCUCUCGGCGUGCGGAACUCCGUGGUCUUCAACAACGUCCUCAACGCGGUCAACCUGGUGGUGUGGGUCUUCAUGAUCAUCGCCGGACUCUUCUUCCUCUCCGCCAGCAACUGGGAGGGCGGAAACUUCCUGCCCUACGGAUGGUCAGGGGUUAUGCAAGGUGCAGCGACGUGCUUCUACGCCUUCAUCGGCUUUGACAUCAUCGCGACGACAGGAGAGGAGGCAAAGAACCCAAACACGUCCAUCCCGUACGCCAUCACCGCCUCGCUGGUCACCUGCCUCACUGCAUACGUGUCGGUGAGCGUGAUUCUGACUCUCAUGGUUCCCUACGACCUCAUCGAUGGCUCGGCUCCUCUCAUGGAGAUGUUCGCCGUACAUGGCUUCCUGUGGGGGAAAUACACCGUGGCCGUGGGCUCCAUAGCCGGGCUCACCGUCUCUCUGCUGGGCUCUUUGUUCCCCAUGCCUAGAGUCAUCUACGCCAUGUCCCGGGACGGCCUGCUGUUCAGGUUCCUGUCUCACGUGUCUGCAUUCACACACACUCCCACGGUGGCGUGCGUGGUGUCAGGCUGCUUCGCUGCCCUCCUGGCUCUGCUGGUGAGCCUGCGGGACCUGAUUGAGAUGAUGUCCAUCGGCACCCUGCUGGCCUACACUCUGGUCAGCGUGUGCGUGCUCCUGCUGCGCUACCAGCCGGACGAAGAGACCGACACACACCAGUUCAUCUCCGGGGAGGACGAGGACGGCCUGAAGCACCAUGACGACGGGGCGGCGCCCACCAAAGACGACCAGAUCCUGAUCGGAGGCUCAGACGCUGACGGGUCAGCGUCCUACCACGCAGGCGGGACGGAAGGAGAAGGGGAUGACUCUGAUUUCCACACAGGCCACGCCUCGCUGCUGAAAAGGCUUCUGGGAGGUCACUUCUACACCCUGCGGCUGCGGCUGGGAUUGCCCGACGCGUCGGCCCGGCCCACCCCUGCCACCGGCCGCAUAGUGACCCGAUCCACCCUCCUCUUCUUCCUCACGUCCUUCUUCCUCUGGUCCACCGUUAUAUUUGGCGUUGAGCAGGGAGGCGGCGCCGGCGCGGUGUUCUCAGGCCUCACGGCCACGCUGAUGGCCGGUUCCUUGGCGAAGCUUUUGAUCACGAUUCUUCAGCAGCCACAGAGUGCGAGGAAGCUGCCCUACAUGGCCCCCUGUGUGCCCUUUGUACCCGCGGCGGCCAUAUUGGUCAACAGCUACCUCAUGCUUAAACUGUCGUCACUCACCUGGGCCCGGUUCACCAUCUGGUGCUUCGUAGGUCUGUUGAUCUACGGUUGCUACGGCGUGUGGCACAGCACGCUGGAGCUGAACGCCCGGGAGCAGCAGGCGCACGCCAGCUCCUACCAACGCUACGACGACCACCUGGACGACGACACCUUCUCCCCCGACGAUAACGGUUACCCAGAGGAACAGGAGGAGAAACCCUACCAGGGCUGGUCUGCCCCGGAGGAGAGGGGAUACAACCACCAGGAGAACCAGGACGACGGCCCAGAUGGAGAGCAGCAUCCGGGCCAGUGUGAGGAUAACGGUGAGCAGUCUGGAUACCAGUCUGGACCAGGAGGCCCGUCUGCGAGCAGAGGCCGAGGAAGGACCAAUCAAGGUUUUGAUGAAGAGGAGGACUGAAACCAUCUGGAACUUUAAGACUGAAAGUGCUGCUUAUAUGAAACAUGGAACCAAAUAUUCCCCAAGACGCGCAAAGUAGAGCUUA